AUGGCAGUCUCCAUCAAGGGCAUGCGGAUACGGGCCAUGUGCUUUUUAGAGCCUCCGAAAAGACAGGAGCCACAAAAGUCUGGUAGCUACCUGCUGGCCAAGCACGUACACACCCCCUCGGGGGAUAUCUGCGAGCCCGGUCCCAUCCACAGGACCACACCACCACCACCACCAUUACACUACACCACUGCGUCUAGUGUGGGGAACCCUAAACGUCGACUAACACCUUCUUCAAUGCAAAGGGAGCGCAAGGGCAUGGGAGCGGCGCUGCAGACGGAAACUCUGUGCAAAACUCUUGCCGUCCUGACCCUCCGACUGUGCAACCAAUUCUUGGAGGGGCUGUUGGCUGCCAAAUGUUUCCUCCCCCCCUUCCUUGUCAACCCUGAGCUAGCUACCCGACUUCCAUUCUUCUCCAGUGCCUGGAUCCAAGGUGUUUCGGGUCCCAUCAAACUGUCUGUGGGACUGUCAGUGCGAGUCUCAAACGUCGAUCCCUUCGAUAAGCUUGUCCGCGCCCGCGGCGUGGGGCAGAUAUUCGCUUGUGCCGAGCUGUCUGGAGAACAUAAGGUGGCGGGCCACCCGUCUAGCUCGCCUGGCUGCUGGUUCCGAACCUUCUUCGCCCUAUAG